AUGUCAAAUCAGAGCUCGGAGUCGACAAAUUCCCGAGAGGAGCGCCCAGAAUGGCAGGAGGAAGGUUUCAAUUCCCGUCAAGAAUGGCAAGACUGGCUAAACGAGUCCGAGGCCACUGAUAAUGCAUAUGACGCCCAGGCGGAGGCGCCGCCGCCUGAUGACAGCGAAGAGGAUGAGGGCUUCGACGAGGAGUUCUUUAGCGAACAAGACUCAGAGGACGAAGAUGACGACGACAAAUCGGAAAGCGGUGAGCCUGGAAAACACGUCGAGCCCGAAGACGACAGCAGCCCCGACGAUCAUUUCGAGGCUGCAGACAACGGCGAGCCUGGAGUAGACGACACUUCAAAUGUCGACGAAACUGCGCUCACUUCUAUUUAUGGCCUCGCGCACGACAAGAACAAAGACUAUGCCCUCGUUGAGCAGUCAGCUCGUGGAGCUCUCAACGCUAUCACCAUAGCCCUUCAGGACAUCAUCAACAGGAGUCAGGCACGACAAGGUGACCCACAGAGUCUUGCGAAAGAGAUCGAAACCGCCUUUGCCACGACUUUGCCUACGUACUCAAGCGUCCAGGCAAUACUCCAAGGUGGACAACAAGAAACCAGCGCUCCCCAGGGGGACGAACACGUCGCCAGCGACAAUGAGGAGGAAGUUCAAGAGAUUGUAACACCCCAUCCGGACUAG